AUGAUUUCUUUGCAAGGUCUAUAUGCCGACCGGCCAUUGGGAAAGCUACCAAUCUCGUUGUACACAGCAACAUCGUGUGGAUUGGAUUGGUUCUUGUACCUUUUUUUUGCAACCAUUUCUAUAACUUUAGGUGUUCUAACGCUGCCGUCCCACGAAUAUGCCGUCCAGGACUUGAGAUUGCAAUACUCGUACACACCCAACGAGACAUUCCCUAUAUGGCAAUUGGUAUUCAUAACCAUUGUUUGUCCACCAAUUUUAUUUUUUGCAAUUUCAUGCUUGGAUUUUCGCAGGGUGACGAUAUUCAGAAUUUUAUGGGACACUUUUGCCGGGCUGACUGCCUUGUGUGGGAGCAUGGCGACCCAGAUACUCAUAGUGUGCGUGUUGAAAAACACUUUGGGCCUUCCUCGGCCAGAUUUCUUGGACCGGUGCCAGCCAUCAAUAGAAUUUGGUAUGGGAACAAUCGCAGAUUGCACGAGUACAGACGAUGGGAUUCUAAGAGAAGGGUUUCGGACGUUUCCCAGUGGUCACAGCUCGACAGCAUUUACAGCCAUGACAAUGGUGAGUCUAUUUUCCGCUGGCAAAUUACAAGUUUUUGACAAUCGUGGUGUUUCAAUCAAGAUAGCGUUGGUUGUAGCGCCGAUGAUUCUAGCGAGUACAAUUGCAAGUUCACGGAUUGCCGAUAAUCGACACUUUUUAUCAGACACGUUAGCAGGAGCAGCCAUAGGAAUUUUUUGUGCGUAUUGGUUUUAUCGUCAAUACUUUCCCAGCGUGCUUUUAUUGACAAAUAAAGGACGAGCCUAUCCACCACGACGAAAUGGGGUAUCACAUCUCUUUGGGAACGUGGGUGGGUUCUGGUUUAUCGAGGAAAGUGACAACGGACAGUAUUGCAAACGGUGUCUAAAUCGGCCUUCAACGUGCAAAAAGUUGGUUCAACUUGGUAUCGUUGAUCACGAUACUCACGCUGUGAGCGUAGGAUCUAGCCUUGAAGCUGCGAGCAAAGCAAAAGCGCAACUAGGACACACGGUAAAUUUGGACACUCCACUAUAA